AUGGCCGCAUUUAACUGUCAGCUAAACACCACGGUCCCAUUUGCCUCGGAGUUUUUCUCAAGUAAGUCCUUCUUACUGUAAGGUAGCUUUUACUACUACAAGUCAAUUUUCAAAUUAUUCGUAAAAAAUGUUUCAGGAAUAACGGCAAAAUACGCAAUUGUGAUUGCAAUUUCAACUCUAAUAACUCUCGCGAAUUUGGUGCUUUAUCUGAUCCAUAUGAUCCGGAUCUGCCUAAGGGUAUCGAGCACUACUCGCCGAGUUUCCAUCGGAUAUCUGUCGGGUACCCCGGCGUUCGUUUCGAUUACGUGCUUGGUCGCUUUAUAUGUCCCAAGGCUUCAUUUCUACGCGUCUAUGCUUAGUUUCUUGUAAGUGAUUAACAGCUGCGAAGUCUAAAUUUUUUAUUUAAAAAUUAUGAAUGAUGAUUUUAGGUACUUUAUUGGCGCCUUUUACGGAGCCACCCAGAUCUUUUGGAUUACAAUUGGAACCAGAGAGGCGGUAGCAAACGAGUUGAGGAAGGAUUCACAAAAAUUCAAGUUGAACACUCCGCCUUGUUGUUGCUGUUUGCGGUGCUUGCCAGAGGCGGAGAUGACAGCGUGAGUUGAAAAAUUUCAGUGCUUUAUUUUGAAUCAAAUACUUACCUGGCCAAUCAGAAGUUGAGAUUUCUUAAUUUCUGAAAUUAUUUUGGAGUUGUUCAAUAAUCUAUAUGUCAUGUUUUGUAUAUAUUUUUUAGCCGCAACAUCAGACGAAUCGAACGGUUGGCCUUGCUGGCCAUCGUGGUCAGAUUCAUUGAGACCAUGAUCUUUCUUGCACUCUACUUCGAACAUGGUAUAUUGGCCUUUAAGUAAGCUAUGUUUAAAAACAUUUUUUUUGAGCUUAAAUAAGCCACUACUUAAGAAUACACAUACGAAGCUUGAAUAGAAACAAAGCUAAGCUUUUUUAUGCUAUGAAUUUUGUUUUUCAGGUACUCCCAAUACAUUGACCUGGCUUGGCUACCGUUUUUCUUCCUUGGAAUGUACGGAUGCCAUUUGUUGGCCGUAAAUAUGGCCAAAAUGGAGAAGGUGCAGAAAUCGAAUUGCAUCAGAUAUUUCAAACUGACCGAUCUUUUCAUGUUGUUUUAUGGAAUUCAACACCCAAUUUUUGUAGCGUUAACAAAUGCGGGGAAAUUCAAAUGCGACAUAUUGCCAAUGAAUAACACUGGGUAUUGUAAGUUUUGAUGAUUUUUUUGUUGCUCUCUAUCAAAAAAACCAAAUAGAAGAUUUUUUUGGAAAAACAAGAAAACACAUUCCAUCAUAUAAAAUGUCCCCAGCCCACAGAGUCACAGCAUCUUAAAGAAUUUUUAAGAAAAACCUUGCAUCGUAUAAAAAGUCACUUCUGUCUUUGUUUUCAUCCUCAUAAUGCACAGUGAAGCGGUUGUUUGCAGUCUGGAAGAACACGGCGUUAGUAGUACUCUCAUUUCUGCUCACCAUUAUCAUGCUGUUGAUCAUCGACCCAGCUCGAGAAAGUGCCAUUCCCAACGACUUUGAAUCCAUUUCUACGGAGAUCUCAAUGCGCAGUAGAAAACAAUCGAUUGGGAAAUGA